UACGCACAAUAUAGAUUGCAUCAGCAAUCUGUGGGUCUCCAAAAACCACUCUUCAAUUUGUCCACAUGAUUUGAUCUUGAAAUGAACAGCCAACAACAAUCUUGUAUCUUUCUGAAUGUUUCUCUCUACUCACAUCGAUCUCGGAGCCUUCUAGCAGAAUUCCAACUAGUUAACAAUCUUAAUGAACAGAUCCUCAUUCUUUUGCUCUUAUUCAAUCCUAAGUUCUCCAUUUAAAGCACAAUCUCCCUUGCAAUCUAAGUUUACUUCUAUUUCUGUCUCCUACAACAUCCUGGAGAUCUAAGAUCAAACCCUUGAAAGAGAUACAAAAUGAAGUUACUGGACUGGAUGCACCGUAAAUUUCGGGAUAGUAGCAUUGAGCCUUUCAAGGAUUUCAUUAUUGGAAACCCUUGCAUAUGUCUUUCAGCAUCACCAUCACUUGACGACCAAGACUCCUAUACAAAGUCAUAUGGAUCCAGAUCCUCAAAGAAACCCAAACAGGAAUGGGAAAAAUCUUUUUCUGACACUGGUGCCAAGAGAGAGGAAGAAAACUUAGAAGAAGAAACAUCUACUGUCAUCUCUGAGCUCUUCCAUGGAUUUCUCACCAUUGGAACUCUCGGUCUGGAGCCAAUCAUCAAUGAGCCAGCAACACCUACGUUUGCCAUGCCUCUGGAGAGCAUAACUGAGAGCAAAUCAGAGCUAACAGAGAAUGACUUGAAGGUCAUCAACUAUGAGCUGGAGAAGUUCCUUGAGGCUGAAACUAAAGAAUGGUGCAAUGAAUCAUCUGGAAGGAGCAGUCAUGCUAGCACUAUUACACUCAGUGGCAAGCAAACAGAUGAGGCCGAAAACGAAGAUUAUGAGAAGAUUUUGGUAUGUCCACUCCAAGGAUAUCUAUUUGGCUCUUCGAUUGAACUGCCAGAAACAAGAAAAGAAGUAAAGAAAGAGAAGGUAUCACUUGAGGAGCUGUUUCAUAGGACAAAAACAACAAAUGAGACAAACACAGAGAAAAGUGAGAGAGGGGAGAUGCAAGCCAAGAAAACACAUAAGCCUGCUAUGCAUCUCAUGAAGAAGAUGCUAAAAAAGCUCCAUGCUUCUUCAAAGAGCUCUACCCCUUCAGGUGGUGGUGAUGCAGCUGACUCUGUUUCAAUCAAGAAGAAACUCUCCAAGGUCAUACGUAUUUUCCAAAAAAAAAUCCAUCCUGAAAGCUCUAUAGCUGGAAGAGAAUUUGUUGAUUCCCAUGAAUAUAAAGUCAAGAAUGCUCCCAAUGGCAGUUACAAUAAUGGAGACCAGAUGCCCCUGGAUGAAGACAAUGAUGGGUUUACUCUAGGGUCCAUGUCAAAUAUGAGGAUCCCGUGUUGUAAGACCAACUUGAACCCACCCCAAGACGGGCUGCAUGGAAGUAAUUUAAGUGCGAAAGAGCAUUGGAUCAAGACAGAUGCGGACUACUUGGUGUUGGAGCUUUAGCGACUGAAUCCGAAAUAAGACGAUAAUGUCAUCGUCCUCUACGAGUAAAAAUUGUAAUGUAGUGUUUGGUAAUGCUUAUUGCUAUGUUGUGAGUGAUAAAGUGUCGAUGGACUCAAAAGAAAGUGAAGAGUCAAGAGGGGUCUCUCCUCUUAUCUUCCUCAGUGUGAUAAUAACCAUGUGACUAAGUUUCAUGUAAGCCUCCUAAUAAAGUUAUUUUGAUUACCUAAAA